AAUUAAGUCAAAUCAAAUUAAGUUAAGUCUGAAUAUUGUUUGUUUUGUUUUCUACUUCCAUUUCACAAUUUGUAAACAGAAUCAUCCUGUGAUUUAUCCUCGCUAAUUGUCAUUAUGAGUAGAGCUCAAAUAGCUUCAAACCCUGCCGCCUUGGCAGCAGCAGUUGCCUCUCAUCAACCUGGUAUUUCAAAUAAUAAUAUUGUUUCAUCCAAUAGUAAUAGUGCCCUUGCAGGAAAUAAUUCUUCAGUUUCUAAUAAUAAUAAUUCUAAUUCAAAUAAUAAUAAUAAUUCUGUUGUUGGUUUACAUUAUAAAAUUGGUAAAAAGAUAGGUGAAGGAUCAUUUGGUGUAAUCUUUGAAGGUACUAAUAUUAUAAAUGGAGUUCCAGUUGCCAUUAAAUUUGAACCAAGAAAAACAGAAGCCCCACAAUUAAGAGAUGAAUAUAGAACUUAUAAACAUUUACAAGGUUGUGAAGGUAUACCAAAUGCUUAUUAUUUUGGUCAAGAAGGUUUACAUAAUAUUUUAGUCAUUGAUUUAUUAGGUCCUUCAUUAGAAGAUUUAUUUGAUUGGUGUGGUCGUAGAUUUUCAGUUAAAACUGUCGUUCAAAUUGCUAUUCAAAUGUUAACUCUUGUUGAAGAUGUUCAUCGUCAUGAUUUAAUCUAUAGAGAUAUUAAACCUGAUAAUUUCUUAAUUGGAAGACAAGGUUUACCUGAUGAAAAUCAUGUUCAUUUAAUUGAUUUUGGUAUGGCUAAACAAUAUAGAGAUCCAAGAACUAAACAACAUAUUCCUUAUCGUGAAAAAAAAUCAUUAAGUGGUACUGCUCGUUAUAUGUCUAUUAAUACUCAUUUAGGUAGAGAACAACUGAGAAGAGAUGAUUUAGAAGCUUUAGGUCAUGUAUUCUUUUAUUUCUUAAGAGGUCAAUUACCUUGGCAAGGAUUAAAAGCUCCAACUAAUAAACAAAAAUAUGAAAAAAUUGGUGAUAAAAAGAGAACAACUCCUGCUGUUGCAUUAUGUGAUGGAUUACCAAGACAAUUUGCCGAAUAUUUAGAUUCAGUUAGAAGUUUACCAUUUGAUGCUGAACCUGCUUAUGAAGAAUAUCGUUUAUUAUUAGUAUCUGUAUUAGACGAUUUAGGUCAACAAUGUGAUGAUGAUUAUGAUUGGAUGCAUCUUAAUGGUGGUAAAGGUUGGGAUGCUUCAAUUAAUAAAAAACCAAAUUUACAUGGUUAUGGUCAUCCAAAUCCUCCAAAUGAAAGAGAAAGAAGGCAUAGAGAUCAACGCAGAUCAAGACAACAUCAAACUCAACAACAAGCUCAAGCUCAAGCUCAACAACAACAAUUACAACAACAACAAUUGCAAAAUGGUCAACAACCAUUACAAGGUCAACAGCAAUUAUCUGCUGCUCAAUUACAUCAACAAAAAUUACAACAUUUGGUUAAUAGACCAUUACCACCAAUUAAACAAGAAUCUCAAACUGGUGUUGGUGGAUUAGGCAAUGGUUAUAAUGCCAAUGAUCCUGAUUUACUUAAUUCUAAUCAAGCAAUUAAGAAUCAACCUCAUAAUGGUAAUUAUGAACACUCGCCAAUUCAAGAUCCAUAUGAACAGCAUAGAUUGAAUGGAUAUGAAGAAAAGAAAGGAUUUUGGGCAAAAUUAUGUUGCCAAUAGUAAAUAUCCAUUUAUUCAUCUCAUUGCAUAGUUGUACAAUAGCUCUAACCUUUACCAUAAAAAAAAAGCAAAGCAAAUCAGUAUUCUUUUUUAACUAACUAACAUUUCGACAAAGCAGAACUAUGUUCUCAUUAUUCAAUUCCUUUUAUAAAAUUAUUUCACUUUCAUUAAUAUUACAGUUACAAUUACAAUUUCAUUUACAUUUACAAUUACAAUUUCAUUUACAUUUACAAUUACAAUUACAAUUAAAAUUACAGUUACAAUUAAAACUACAAUUAUAAUUCAUAU